UGGGUUUGACGUAUGUCAUAUAAGUCAGGCAGCGUUCGAUUAUCCGGGCCCUGCUUGGAAAAGCACGAAUGAACGAAGAUUUAUUUCCCUUCUCGCAGCCUUUUAUUAUUCGGGUUGUUGCUUCAGUAGGAACAGAUUGUGUCGCUUGUCGCGUUGAUUUCGUGAUUCGUGUGUUAAUUAGUCGAACUGUUUUGUAUUUUUUGUUAAACGCUUUACCAUGGCUUACAAUCUAGUGAACAUCGCCAAGUCUACCUCAUCCUUGACUGGAAAUCUUGCCAAAACCGCCCUUCGCAGCAUCAGUACCACAAGCACCGUGUAUGAACCGCGCCGGUUGCCGGAUAAAACGGGCAAAAAUGUGGUUCUGGUCGAUGGUGUUCGCACGCCUUUCCUUACGUCCGGGUCGGACUACUCGAAACUGAUGCCUCAUGAACUGGCCCGCCAUUCGCUACUGAGCCUUCUCCGUAAAACGAAGGUAGACAAAGAAGUGAUCGACUACAUCGUGUACGGCACUGUGAUCCAAGAGGUGAAAACAUCCAAUAUUGCGCGUGAAGCGGCACUCAGUGCUGGAUUUAGCAACAAAACCCCGGCACAUACUGUCACGAUGGCGUGCAUUAGCUCCAACCAAGCCAUUACGACCGGCAUGGGACUGAUUGCGACCGGUACGUACGAUGCGAUCGUAGCCGGUGGUGUUGAGUUCAUGUCCGACGUUCCGAUCCGCCACAGUCGCAAGAUGCGCUCGUUGAUGCUGCGAGCCAACAAAGCCAAAACGGUGGGUCAGCGACUUCAGCUUCUGUCCACCAUUCGGCCGGACUUUUUUGCACCAGAACUGCCAGCCGUAGCUGAGUUUUCGUCGGGUGAAACAAUGGGUCAUUCGGCGGAUCGGUUGGCGGCAGCAUUCAACGCUUCCCGCCAGGAGCAAGACGAUUAUGCGCUGCGUUCCCACACCCUAGCAAAGGAGGCACAAGACAAGGGCUACUUCACCGAUUUGGUACCGUUCAAAGUUUCGGGCGUGGACAAAACGAUCGAGAAAGACAAUGGUAUUCGCGUGUCGACGAAGGAAUCUUUGGCCAAGUUGAAACCGGCCUUCGUGAAACCGUACGGUACGGUGACGGCUGCCAACGCAUCCUUCCUUACCGAUGGUGCGUCGGCCUGUCUAGUAAUGACCGAGGAGAAAGCUAAGGCGCUCGGUUUGCGCCCGAAAGCGUAUCUGCGGGACUUUUUGUACGUGUCGCAGGAUCCAAUCGAUCAACUACUGCUCGGUCCGGCGUAUGGUAUCCCGAAACUGCUGAAGAAAGCUGGCCUCACCCUGAAGGACAUUGAUACGUGGGAAAUUCAUGAAGCUUUUGCUGGACAAAUCAUCGCCAAUCUGAAGGCACUCGAUUCCGAUUACUUCUGCAAGAACUAUCUGGGAUUGAACGAAAAAUUCGGUUCGCCUGAUAUGUCCAAGUGGAACAACUGGGGAGGAUCGCUCUCGAUCGGACAUCCUUUCGCGGCCACCGGUGUUCGUUUGUGCAUGCAUACGGCAAACCGUCUGGUGCGCGAAAAUGGUCAGCUUGGCCUUAUUGCGGCUUGUGCUGCCGGUGGACAGGGUGUUGCCAUGCUGCUCGAGCGACACCCGGACGCUAACGCCGAGUAAAGGGAAAAGAUACAUUUGUCCCCACAAAAACAAAUGGUCCCACGCCUCUUCCCACCAUCGUCAGCGUUUCCUUUCCGAACAUAGUUAAAACAGGAGAUAUUCAAAGCCGACGCUCGACACUGAGCGAUAACCUGUUUCGUUAUUAUUAUUUUUUGUUGAGCUCUUUUUUGGCUAAUUUUUUACCCCCUCACCCUAGAUUAAGACGAUCCUAGGUUCUAAGAAUUAAACACUAGAGAAAGGAAUCACGCUUUCUUUCGUACGUACUAAAAUUUAAUUAUUACUCCGCUUUAUUACUCGAACGUUGGGGUCAACAAGUGAAUCGAGAUGGUGCCGCAGCCUUUCUCAUGUCACUCGGCCGCACUGGUUCCCAUAUGGUUCAAAUGGAAAAUGUAGUGCAGGUGGUCGUGUGGCGUGCAGACAGUGGGUUGCAAAAAUUCAUCAAGCUUUUCGUUCAUAGUGUGUACGACAUUUAGUUAAAUGCAAAUAUGUGCAACGGGAAGUAGGGAAGCAUGUUAUACUUUCUACCUUAUUUCUCCCAGCUUGAUCGUAUCCAUUUGUUUUUUUUUUUUCUAAGCUUUAAUAUAUAGAUCAAUAAUUCAUUAUGUAGCGUAAAGGUCCAAAUACACGAAUUUUGAUACACGAUAA